GUGAUCAUGCUCGCGUACCAGGAGAUGACUUAUAAGAAGGCAGUAUCCAGCCUGGUGGGCUGCUGAUUCCUUUGUUAGUCUCACCACGCGCUCUGGAGAUACCUUCUCGACACAGUCACUCUUUACAUCCUUUGGAAGUAGUCUAUACGAUAGCUACUCCAGUCCUCUCAUUAAUCGUUCUUAAUCCACACUCUUUCAUAAUGCGUUUCGCUCCCCAGAGCGCCGUGGCCGUGGCCAUGGCCUCCAGCCUGGCUUCGGCCAACUCGGUCGAGCAGCGGACUGGUCUUGGUCUUGACCUUUCCGGCCUGACUCACCUUGCCAAGCCCAUCUCUGCCAGCGUCAACCUUGACCAGGACCUCUCUGGCCAGGUGCUUGCUGCUGGUGUUUUGGCCAACCCCGUUGUUGGUGACCUUGUUGCUGUCAAGGAGGAUCUCGACAUCUCCGUCAUCUGCCACGACUGCUACACUCGUGGUAACAUCGAGGCCUCCAUCUCUCUGGAGCACGUCGUUCCCGCGCUCAAGCUGUCCAUCACCGAUAUUGAGGCCAAGCUCGACCUUGACAUCAGCGCUAGCGAUGCUACUUCGAUUGCAGUCAACCUCAUUGCUGCCCCGGUUGUGGACCUGCCGUUCCUUGGCCUCAACCUCGGUGCUUCCAUCUACCUCGACCUGGUCCUCGGCCUCUCGGCCGCCAUUGACGUUUCUGCCGGAGUCGAGAUUGAGCUUGUCGACGAGGCGGUGCUCUCCACCAACAUCCUGUCUGGCGAGAUUCUCAGCGCUGCCUUCACCGGUCUCGAGGUUGCUGUCCUCCCGAUCGAGGUUCGUGUCGGCUGCACCGAGCUGCACGCCACUCUGCGUCUCCGUGUCGAGCUGGACGCGGGCGUCGACGUUGAUGCUGGCGAUAUCCUGCCCAUCCUCGACUUCGUCCCCGAGAUCGGUGCCGGUCUGGAGCUUGCCGUGUUUGUCAACUUGGUCGAAUACGUCGGUCUCUUCUGCCCCGACCAGUCUUGCCCGGUUCCCUACGACAGCUACGGCCUGAACGUCGGUGCCAUUGUCGGCCUGGACGUCAGCGUUGAGAACCUUGCCCGCAUCCACCUGGCCCCUACCAUCUCGACUGCCCUGCUCGAGGCUCCCACGGCCACUCACUGUGCCACCACUGGCGCGCCCUCUGUCCCCGUGUUUACUCGUUCCGGCAGCGGCUCGGUCACCGGCAGUGCUACGGAGCUGGUUGAGAUCGGUACCGGUAUUGCCACUGGUAUUGUCACUGGAACUGCCACUGCUACCAUCUCUGCCAGUGUCACCGGCUCUGCCAGCGAGCACUCGGGCUUCCCUACCUCGGACAUCACGAUUCCUGCCGGACACGUCAUUUCCACCGUCACCCAGACUGCCACCUACACCGUGACCAGCUGUGCUGCCAGCGUGCCCAACUGCCCCGGCCAGUACCAGGGCGAGACCACUCUUGUCCACACCACGACCUACACGACCAUCUGCCCGGUCGGUGCUACCAUCACCGAUAUACACCCUCACCCUACAACGGCCACUGCCGCGCCCACCACGACGUCCGCUGUCGUCACCCACGUCACGCCCGUGCCCUGCUCGUCGGUCAGCACCUUCCACCCUCCGACUUACGUCGCGUACCCGACCUCGAGCUUCCCUACCGCUGCGCCUUCCAGCACUCCCUACCCCACGUCGAGCGCUGUCCAGUCGUCCGCCACCACUGAGGAGUACCCCGUCAAGCCUACCACCGAGGGAUACCCCGUCAAGCCUAUCACUGAGGAGUACCCGGUUGAGUCUGCCACCGAGACCUACCCCGUCGAGCACCCUUCGACGACGCCUGCCUACCCGACAGCGCCGUACUACCCUUCGAUGCCGGUCCCUCCGGUCCAGAACGGUACCACCACCUGCAGCCCUUCCACCAUGAGCACCUACCCAGUCGGCCCUACCGGCGGCGGCGGCUACCCGACCAAGCCUGCCCCGUACCCAACCGUCUCCUACCCCGUGGAGACUCCCAUCCCCACGGCCGGUGCCUCUAAGCAGGUCGCCAGCGGCCUCGUCCUGGCCGUCGCCGGUGCCAUACUCGCUCUCUUCUAAGCGGCAGAUGUGGUAUUAGACCUUUCUUAGCGUAAUCAUGCCCGCCAAGGGUGGGAUGUUCUGAAGACGUGGUGUGGGUGGUUGCAGUGGUUUUGAAGUGAAGCGCCGUCUGCGAG